AUAUUAUUGAGGUAGCAUAUACCCGUUAAGUGAAGAGAAACAGUAGAUGCCCAACAGGUUGCAACAGUGCCCACGCCCAGACUGUUUUCACAGGCCAGGUGGUUCCCGAAAGCUUACAUCACAUAGGUCCUUAGGCAUGAAGCGGAAUUCGUCUUCCAGUCGAUGGCAUGAGUAUAUCUGAUGCGCCGGCCUUUGCCAUUAUCGAGUUAGCUUACAGGAAACAAGCAGCGGUAUAACAAGAACGACUACGUCCCUUUCCUUUUCCAAGGGAUGUUAAACUCGUAACCCCUUAGCUUGCGGAGACUUUGUGGAGCUGCACCAAUGAGAGAGCGAAACCGACGUCGGAAGGCGGCACGUCGGCGCCCAACCAACUUCUGGGUCGAAUUUAAUAAUUGGGCACGGAAUGUGAAGGAUACGGAGGGCGGAAAGCCAAGGGUCCAAGCGAUAUGGGAUUGGUAUACGGAGAACGCGAACACGGUGUGGCCUGACCCCCGAACAAGGCCGACCUUUGAGCAGGCUAAGCGGCACGCAAAAGGUAUUCGUGCCAAGUCGGCUAUCAGGGAUUACUUUCGUGACUACCGGCGCCGAAAGGGUGAAGAGGAGGGCGCACAAGAGCAAGAGGACUCCAGCGAUGACGACGACGACGACGAGGACUAUGUCGGCGCGGUGACUGCCCCAGUGGAGGCCCCAGGUGGUCGGCCCCAGCGUGCUCGCUGCAAGCCGCUGCGCUUCCGAUCAUCAACGGCCGCCGCUGCCGCCGCUUCGUCACACGCCUGCAACGGCAGCGUCGAGGGUGCACGGGAUGACGACGCUGCGUCGGAUGAGGGCGCGACUGACGUGAUCAAGGUGGCCGAGGAGGCCGAUGCAGCGCUGACCCUCCCCGGCCGCGGAGCCAAGCAAGGAG